CCACCCACCAGCCCCCUCUCCCGAACCCGCUGCCGGAGUCCGCGCCAAGUCCGCAGAUGCCUCCCGCUCACACCCUCCGGCGCCCGCCAGGCGUGAGGAAUAGUGAGGAUGCCACGGGCACACGUCCCGGCCCUCUCCCCAACAUCGCUGCUUCUCUCGCGGAGACUGGGCGACCUCUUUCCUCCGCUCCACUCAGGACCCCAUCCUAGAUCCCCAUCCGUGUGGGUGGCUAGACUGGGGAGACAGGGAGAAAAGGGGGCCACGGGGAAAGAGGGAGGGGCCUUUGUUCCCGCACCCGGCGUCGGGGCUUCUUUCUGGCCGCUGCGCUGCCCGGUCCUUCCCCGACCCCGGCGCUUUCUCACACACCCUUCCCCGCCCCCGCCCCCCCCCUCGGGGCCCAAACGGCGUGGUCCGUCGUCUGUCUUUGUUGUGAAACGUGAACCUUCCCCAGCUCCGGUUUCCCUGUAACCCAAGCCCUUCCCCUCCCACCCAGCACGCCAGCCUCUCCCGCCCUCUCUGACGCCCUGGGAGGGCACCGAGAACUGAGCUGGCCGCCACCUCCCGGCUCUCCGCCGCCUCCAGGCUGCUUUCAGCCCGACCCCGAGACCGGGCAGCCUGGAUGCCCCGGCCUCCUCACUCCGGCUUGGGACAGCUUCAGCUUUUAUGCAGUGUUGUCCACGCAGGGCUUGCAGAGGCUCUGCCCGCGUGGCCCUUAGGUGGUCUCAGAGAGGAGGCUUCAUACUUCCCCGCCCGCAUCCCCGCAUUGUCCCCAAAAGUUUGGGCUGGGGAAAGAGCGGGAGGCUCCUGCAGCUCUGUGCGGGAAGCUGGCUGGCCAGUGGGGACACAGCAUUCAGGGCCACAACUCACAAUCCUUUCUCUGAACAGCGAGUCUGAUGGGAACCCCACUACUGAGGAUGAGUCCAGCCGCAGUCCUGAGGACCUGGAGAGGGGGGUGGCUCCAGUGGCCACGGAGGCCCCUGCCCAGGGCUCCAUAUUCCUGGCGGGGGCCGCCCCUCCUGCGCCAUGCCCUGCCUCUUCCUCCAUCCUGGUGAACGGGAGUUUCCUGGCUGCCAGCAGCUCACCAGCGGUGCUUCUCAAUGGGAGCCCUGUCAUCAUCAACAGCCUGGCCCUGGGUGAAGCCUCCAGCCUGGGCCCCCUGCUGCUCACAGGGGGUGGGGGCGCCCCACCACCACAGCCUAGUCCCCUGGGGCCCAGCGAGGGCAAGACCUCCUUGGUCCUGGACCCUCAGACCGGGGAGGUUCGACUGGAGGAGGCUCAGCCUGAGGCCCCUGAGACCAAGCCCCAGGUGGCUGCUCUGGGAACACCUGGAGAGGAGGUGCCAGUGCCUCUGCCCCAAGUGGUGCCUGGGCCCCCGCCGGCUGCUGCCUUUCCUCUGCCCCCAGGACCAGUGGCUUCUGUGGCUGCUCCACAAGUGGUGCCCCUUUCCCCACCCCCUGGGUACCCUGCAGGCCUGGGCCCCACCUCCCCACUAUUGAAUCUGCCCCAGGUGGUGCCCACCUCACAGGUGGUGACUCUGCCACAAGCUGUGGGGCCACUGCAGCUAUUGGCAGCUGGGCCAGGCAGCCCCGUGAAGGUGGCAGCUACAGCGGGCCCUACUAAUGUGCACCUGAUAAACUCCGGGGUGGGCGUGACUGCCCUGCAGCUGCCUCCGGCCACUGCCCCAGGAAACUUCCUCCUGGCCAACCCCGUGUCUGGCAGCCCCAUCGUGACAGGUGUGGCCGUGCAGCAGGGCAAGAUCAUCCUCACGGCCACCUUCCCCACCAGCAUGCUGGUCUCCCAGGUCCUGCCGCCUGCCCCCAGCCUGGCCCUGCCCCUGAAGCCAGACGCGGCCAUCUCCGUGCCCGAAGGAGCCCUUCCUGUGGCUCCCAGCCCUGCUCUCCCAGAGGCCCACGCCCUCGGCGCACUUUCUGCCCAGCAGCUGCCACAGCCACCACCUGCCCCUGCCGCCACCAUUGCUGCCAGCCUGCCCUUCUCCCCAGACUCCUCCUGCCUCCUGGCUGGCUUCCCUGCGCCCCCACCUGAGGGCCUCAUGCUGUCACCUGCAGCUGUGCCCAUUUGGCCAUCGGGACUGGAACUGAGCACAGGCACAGAGGGGCUGCUAGAAGCGGAGAAGGGGCUGGGGACCCAGGCCCCCCACACUGUGCUGAGGCUCCCAGACCCUGACCCUGAGGGGCUGCUCCUGGGGGCCACAGCAGGGGGCGAGGUGGAGGAGGGGCUGGAAGCUGAGACCAAGGUCCUGACCCAGCUACAGUCAGUGCCUGUGGAAGAGCCCUUGGAACUGUGACCCCCGCCAGGCCUCAUCGCCUCUCCUGACAAUGGUGCUUGAGAUCCAGGACAGCUGGGAGAAGGGAACCUUUCAGAAACAGUUGUUGAUCUGAGGAUUCCACAUACACUACACCCUACCCCCGGCUGCUUAACCUCCAAGCCCUGGAUGUGCGGGGCUCACCCCUGUCCAAGGGCACCGUCCCUCUGGAUGGGAAGCCUCCUCUGUUACAGCCCUCUCCUUAUUCUGCCCCAUAUACAUGGGGAGAUCUGGGGGGUCCUGACUCAGGGGCUCUGCCCCCCUUGACCUGGUACGAGCGGUGAGCUGAAAACCCUGCAAAAUGGCUGGACAUUCAACCCCCUUGAGCCCUCUCCCUAUCACUCCCUAAAACACUAUUAAUAGCUCCAUUGACCUCCAGAGUUCUCAGAACUGCUUGGAAUCUGAGGGUGGAGCAGUCCUAUGCCCAGGGACUGACAGCCUCCCGGCUGGGCUCUUCCAGCUGCAACACAAUGCAGGUGUGGGGAGACCUGGGCGAGGAUUCCCCUCUGCUUCCCCUGGACGACAGCCCUCAUUAUCACGUCCAGCCCCAGACCAAAGAUCCCUCACCCGCGGGGCAACCUUGACCCCCGUGUCUAGUUUGUAUCCUAAAUCUUUAUUUUUCUAGGACAUGUUAUGCCUACAUUUCAGUUAAAAUAAAGUUAACAGGAUAACUAAAA